GAAUAUCGCGCUUAAAUCCAAUAAAAUAAUGUUAACUUGCCUGAGUUUGGAGUUUUGUAUAUUUUCACUCCCAGGACAAGAUUAACAUUAGUUAUUGUCUAAAUUUCAUUAAUUAUCAUAAGUUAUAAUCAUUAUGAAGAUGAUUGUGAUUGUGAAAAGGAUGAUGGUGAUGAUGGGAAUGAGGUGAAGAGAGCAAGGUUAAGGUAGAAAGGAUAAAGAGUGAUUUUGGAUUGAAACUGAUAAUGUAAUGGAAACAUAAAUUUAAUGGGUUAAAUCUUAUCAACAUUUGAAAUAUUAUUCUUCUUCUGUUUUCCUCUCCUAUUCAACUUACAGCCUUAACUAACAACAAUCAAUACGACAAUCAAAUUUACAACGAAAAUUUCAUCCAAUCUUAAACCAUUCAAUUGUGCUUCAAAUGCUUGGGUCAAUCAGUUGUUCAUAAGGAACUCUCGUUUUUUGGAUACAUUUAAAGUUGCCUGUUAAAAUUAGUGAAAUAAGAAACAUUUACCAUUCCAUUGAGUGUUUCAAUGUUCAAGUCCAGUUAUGGAUCGAUAUGUAAUCCAGUGAACCUUGAAGUUAUUAUCAUUCAUCACUAAUCAUCAGCCUCAUCAUCAUUUCCAACACUAUCAACAAUCUUGAAAAGGAUAGAAAGAUGGGUAAAUCAAUUGCAGUGAAAAGGUUAAUUGUUCAAAAAUUAGCUCUUGUAGUUGUUAUACUCAUCUUUUCAGUGAUCAACAUUUAUAUCAAAGGAAAAGGAAAGAUAGACCAUGAAACGGAACAAUCAGAUGGACAAUCAACUACCAGUCUUGAUAAAGAAAAUAUUAAAGAAGUUAGUGCCAAUCAAAUGGUUGGAUCAAAAUUUAGAUUAUUUAAUAAACAAAGUAAUAGUGGCCAAUUGGAUGGCAAGUCGCCAAUCAAUCAAUUGAAUUUAGCACAAUCAUUAGCGGUUAAGAUAAGAAGAAAACGGAGAAACCUUCUUUCAAUCGAUUACGAGAAAGGUCCACUUUCAUUAUCAUUGCUACAAUCAACUUCUUCCGUCGCAGAUGAAACCAAUGGAGAGAUCAAAGUGAAUAAUAUCAGUGAACCAGUUCAACCAAAGGUUACAAAGCCUUCGAGAAAAAAGUCUAAACAUAAACAGAAGCAAAAACAAGUUGAGGGUGAAGGAACAACGACGGCAACAUCAUCGUCGACAUCCACGGAAACUUCACAGACAAUCAAUGGAACUGAACCAGAGGCUGUUACAAACAAAACAGAAACAAAGUCUAAAAAGCGUAAAACUAAGACUGGGAAAAAAAAGUUAAUCCCAUCACCAGGAUCAAUAGGACAAUCAAUUGAAACCAAGUCAUCUAAUGAAUCAGAGAAUUCCAACAGUACUUCAAAAACACCAGAAACACCAGUGACAACACGGAUACACGCAGCUCCACCCAAAACGAUAAUUCCAUUGCUUAAAAAUGUUAAAAUUAAAGAGUGUACAGCACCGGCUUUCAAAGAGUUUCCAACGGACAUUUUUGGUCACAAGGCACGGAAACAUGGAGCUAUUAUAAUUCAUAUUGCUGUGGCUUGUUAUAUGUUUUAUUGUUUAGCAAUUGUUUGUGAUCACUAUUUCUUAACAUCACUCGAAGAAUGUGCAAUUAGACUCAAUUUAUCCAAUGAUGUUGCCGGAGCAACUUUGAUGGCUGCUGGUUCAUCAGCCCCAGAACUUUUUACAGCAAUAUUAGGUGUUUUUGUUGCUAAAGGUGAUGUUGGAACAGGAACAAUUGUUGGAUCAGCUGUAUUCAACAUUCUCUUUGUCAUAGGAUUAUGUGGUGUUUUAACUACUGCGACCGUUUUGACUUGGUGGCCUGUUGCAAGAGACUCAACUUACUAUACCUUCACUGUUUUAGUCCUUAUUUUGGUUGCUUAUGAUGGAGAAGUAACCACUUUUGAAUCAGCCCUUAUGUUGAUUUUCUACGUUGGUUACAUUGUGGUUAUGCAUUUUAAUCAUCAAAUCCGUGAUUUAGUAACAGCCAAAUUAAUGGAUAAAGGUUAUUUGUCAAAUUUACCUGAACCCGGUGAAGUAGAUGAGAUUAAACCUCAAAAUUCAGUUGCAUAUUACCAGUCAAUGCAAGUUGAUGAAUGGUCUUAUAACAAUAAUCAGCCAACAUCCAAUUACAAUAAUUAUAAUUCCUACAAUCAACAAUACUCUGGUUAUUCAGGAUUAGCUCCAUCCAUGGAUCCAAAUAAAACGUCUCUCUAUGAAGCAGCUCAGAUUGUUAUUAUAAAACACAAACGUCUUUUUCCGGCCAUAACUCGUUUUCGGGCAGCAGCCAAUUAUACGAUAUCAAUUAACCGUAAAAGACACGGUAAAAGUCAAAAACAACGACGACAAGAAUUUAAUUAUAAAGCCAGAGAAGAUGGCGAUCACGCAUCUGGUUUGUCCAAAGUUGCCCAUGAACGAAUCACUUCGAGUCCCAAUGUUGAAGAUUGGUCUCUUGUACCAAAUCCAGUUGUUGAAGGCUGGUUACCAGUACUUAGAUGGUGUAUCAUUGCCCCUUUACAUGCAACUCUCUUCUACACGAUACCCAACUGUAAAACAAGAACUAACCUUUACCUGGUUACAUUUCUCAUGUCCGUCUUUUGGAUAGCCAUUUUUUCAUACAUUAUGGUUUGGAUGGUAACCCUUGUUGGAUUCACACUCGGAAUACCUGAUAGUAUUAUGGGAAUAACUUUUCUUGCUGCAGGAACCUCAAUACCUGAUGCUUAUGCAUCAAUUCAUGUUGCCCGUCAGGGGCAAGGAGAUAUGGCCGUAUCCAAUUCGAUAGGCAGUAAUGUAUUUGAUAUUUUAGUUGGAUUAGCGCUUCCCUGGUUUGUCGAGACAGCUCUUUGGCAACCUGGGACAACGGCAAGCAUCAACAGUCGUGGAUUAUUUUAUGCGAUAAUCUUAUUGUUUCUCUCAUUAUUGGUGACAAUUUAUCUCUUCCAUCGUAACCGUUGGACACUCAAUCCUAAAUUAGGAUAUGCCUUACUUGCUACUUAUGCUGUUUUCCUUGUAUUCUGCGGAGCUUUGGAGCUCAAUCUACUUGGCUACGUUAAUCCAGUUAUGUGUGAAGAAUGAUAAUCAUCUUUAUGAAAUACAAUCAUACAAAUUAUAUUAUUAUUAUCAUUACUAUUAUGUUAUUGAUUGUUUUGAAAAUGGAAAUCAAUUUUUGUUUGUUUCCUUCUUUGUUUUUCAUUGUUUUCUGUGUGAGACAAUCCAAUAAUCAACUGUAAGCUUUUAUUAUCAAUCGUCUUUAUGUAUUAAAACAAGUACAAUCAGAUCUGAGAAAACAAAAGCAAGGAUUAACUUGAAUCAUCUCAACCUUUCAAUCAUAAUAAUUUACUCUAAUUGUAAAUGAUCAAUUUUCCAUUCCUCAAUUUACCAUGAAAAAGAAAUAAUUUUCAAUGAUUAUUGACCCUUUCUGUCUCUCUACCGAUCAAAAGUACAAUCAACUCAGUUGAUUUAGCUUGAACCUUGAAAAUAUUAUUACCACUAGUUACAUUAA